GGGAAAGUAAAACAUUCAGCUUGUCUGUACUGAAAGAGAGCAGAGUUUACAGGAGAGACACAGAGAGACGGCUUCCAUUUCAAAAGGUCAGUAAUGCAGUCCUGCAGUUCUGCUCUCUGUAUCCUGAUCUUACUGACCACUCCAUUCACUACUGGGUCUGAUACAUGUAUAACUGAAGUGAAGGUGAAGCUCCAUGAGUCUGCUACUCUUCCCUGCUCUGCUGCUUCUCCCUGCUCUGGUGAGGUCAGAUGGAUUGUGCAACAUGAUCCUUUUCAUAUUCUGGCUCAGUGUAACCAGACGUCAUGCCAGUCAAAGGAAGGAUUUCAGAUUUCCCAUCAUCAGUACCUGAAGGGGAAAUUGGUCCCUCGGCAUCGCUGAUGUUGAUCUCAGGAAGAGGACCUCAUACACCUGUCAGUGUAAACGUAAAGACAUCUGUAACGUGACACUCUGGAUUGAGAAAUCAAUUGGUCCUUCUGUGAAGGUGAAGCGUCAUCAGUCUGCUACUCUCCCCUGUCAUGAGAACUAUACUAGUUUAGCUAUGUGGAUCAGCAGCUAUAACUCCAGUGAUGUUCUGGCUCAGUGUAAUCAAACUUCAUGCCACUCGAUGAAAGAGGGAUAUCGGAUGAUCCAUGAUCACUACCUGAAGGGAGAUCUCUCCCUCAUCAUCAUUGACGCUGAUUUCAGUAAGAGGGACUGGUACACAUGUCAGUGUGAUCAUGUGUCCAUCUAUGAUGUGCAGCUUCAGAUCGAGCCCUUGAGUUCUUCAGUUCAGAUGAAACCCAAUGAAUCUCUGGUCCUGGAUUUGGACAUCUCAGGUCCAGUGGAGGUGACUUAUAAAAGCACAAAUGCUUCUCAACCCAGUGGUCAGGUCUGCACAGUGAAUGGACGUUCACCACAGUGUGGACCUAAAUACGCACAGAGAGUGUCACCCGCUCUUGAGCUGAGAGGGAUGAAACUGUCUGAUAGUGGAGUUUACAUCAUACAGGAUGCCCGCAAUAAAGAUAUUAUCCAUAUCUACUCAGUGACCGUUCAAGAUGACCAGCCACGUCCAGACAGAGACAGAGUUGUUGUCCCAUUGUGGCUAUUAGUACUGCUGAUUGUUGCGGUGGUGGUACUUCUGGUUGUGCUUCUGAUAACAUGUAUGAAGAACAGGAGUCCAUGUAGAGUUCACGAGUGUUUCCAGAUGAACGCAGCUCUAUUAAGUAGAGAGGGGAGCGUCAGUACAGAGUGA